UCCGGAGCGCUCGCUCCGUCGGGACUCCCGUUCCCGUUUGAUGAAGCGCGUCCCGGUAAACAUGACACAUUUAACGAAUCCUCACUGAUCCCUCUGGAAAAUAACGCGUAGGGAAGGAAUACACUUUCGGGAUACAGCUUCGUUAUUCUGACGCGGUAAAACAAAGUCUCAUGCUGUUAUGACCGCGGCGGCUCAUGAGCAUGUUUGAAUCUCCGGAGAUGGACGGAAGAGACUCGACCUUUGUGGCCGAGAGGAGCAGAUUACCCAGAGAUCCCGGGGCGGUGGGCGGAGUCUGUGUGGCGAAUGAAGACUCCUCCCCCUGCAUUAGCCAGGGGGAGGGGGCUGAUGACGAACGAUUUGAGGAUGUGCUUUAUGAACUUGGAGGAGGGGCGGAGUUUAACCCGGAGCUGGAUGUGAGGGAGGAGCCUCAGGGGGAGGAGCUUAACUGGGAGACGAACCGACACAAGGCGAACGAACUGGAAGAGCAAAACAACACAAGCCGUUCUACAACCAGUCCUGAUCCUACAGCAACCUCCACAGAUCUAUGCAAAGCGUCGCCUCUGUCAGAGCAGCUCCUGCGGGGGCGAGACGAGGGGGCGGGGCUUAACGUGGAGUGCCGAAUCUGCGGUGACCGAGCCUCGGGAUUCCACUACGGCGUUCAUGCCUGUGAGGGCUGCAAGGGGUUCUUCCGGAGGACCAUUCGAAUGAAGUUGGAAUAUGAUAAAUGUGACCGCAGCUGUAAGAUCCAAAAGAAAAGUCGUAAUAAAUGCCAGUUCUGUCGAUUUCAAAAGUGCCUGGUGCUCGGGAUGUCUCAUGACGCGAUCCGAUAUGGACGGAUGCCGGAGGCGGAGAAGCGUAAGCUAGUCGCGGGGAUGUUGGCGGGGGAAAAGAGCUCCCAGACCUCCAGCGGUUCAGAUCUGAAGUCUCUCGCCAAACGGGUCAACAACGCCUACCUGAGGAAUCUCAACAUGACCAAGAAGAAAGCUCGCAACAUCCUGACGGGGAAGACCGACGCAAGCCCGCCGUUUGUCAUUCAUGACAUGGACUCGCUGUGGCAGGCGGAAAACGGGCUGGUCUGGAAUCAGGUGAUUAACGGAGCUCCGCCCAAUAAGGAGAUCGGCGUGCACGUGUUUUACCGCUGCCAAUGCACGACCGUGGAAACCGUACGAGAACUCACCGAGUUCUCCAAAAGCAUCCCGGGAUUCGUCGACCUUUUCCUGAAUGACCAGGUGACGCUGUUGAAGUACGGCGUCCACGAGGCGAUCUUCGCCAUGCUGCCGUCGCUCAUGAAUAAGGACGGGCUGCUGGUGGCGAACGGCCGGGCCUUCGUGACGAGGGAGUUCCUCCGCAGUCUUCGCAAACCCUUCAGCGAGAUCAUGGAGCCGAAGUUCGAGUUUGCGGUGAAGCUUAACGCUCUCGAGCUGGACGACAGCGACCUAGCCCUGUUCGUGGCCGCCAUCAUCCUGUGUGGAGAUCGUCCAGGACUCAUGAACGUCCAUCAGGUGGAGGAGAUCCAGGACAACAUCCUCCAGGCCCUCAAUCAUCACCUGACGCUCAAUCACCCCGACGCUGGCUUCAUCUUCCCCAAACUCCUGCAGAAGCUGGCGGACCUUCGGCAACUGGUGACGGAGAACGCUCACCUGGUGCAGAAGAUCAAGAAGACAGAGUCCGAGACGUCGCUACACCCGCUUCUGCAGGAGAUCUACAGGGACAUGUACUGACCCAAACCAUUCCAGGCUCGCGGACCAAAUCACUGUGAUCGCCAGCUCUCGAGUUGCUACCGUUAUAAAACUCUUUGGAUCUUACGCGACUGGAUGAUUUGUUACUGAACUGAACUCUAAAGCAAGCCGAGAGACGUCAUCGUAAAGGCAAUAAAGACCCUCAUUUGCUGCUCAAAUCUGCCUCACGUGUGCGUCACAACUUGUUUAACCGAAUCUUUAAAUCGCAGCGAUGCAUUCCUAUUGAACUAUUCACGAUGUCUUUGACGAGUUGGCCAAAGGUUGCUGCCACUAGCGAAAACCAUUUGCUCCAUCUAUUUUGGUUCGGUUCGCAGGCUUGUUACGUUGAGUUUUACUAGUACGUCCUUUGUCCUUUUGCUAUGUUCGCAAAUCUUGAAAGCCAAAAAAAUGUGACAUGCUAACGCUAUUAAACAAGAUGUUUAACUAACCUAGCUUUAAGUAAACUGCUUCGCAAGACUGUUGCGGCGUCUUGACUGUAGUUGAGCUGACUGUGGAAGACCGAUUGCGCUAACCUCUGCUAGCGCCCCCAGUGGCGAAACUGAGAAUGCAGCGCGUAGGCUACUUGCAUUGUUUUAUGAAGUGAAUUCACAAUGGAAACGAAAAUAUCUUUGACGACACAAUGAUUUUUCGAAUCGUUUAAGGACAUUUUUGGGGGGGGGGGGGGAUAUGGAAAAACUCUUGUGAAAAAUUGUCGCGCAACACGACAAAAGCUUUUCCGCCAAAUUACGUUAAACGCUACUAUCAAAACCCAUUCUGCUCCAUCCAUUUUGGGUCAGUUCGCAGGCUUGUAACGAGUUUUACCUGUACGUCCUUUUCCCUUUUGCUAUGUUUGCAAGGCUAGAAGGUCAAAAACGCAAUACUCACGUUAUCAAACUAGAUUUUUUAUUUAGCUCCUAGCUAAAUAUAAACGUUUCAGCAGUUUAACUAGCUUUAACUAACAUGCUUAGCAAGACUGGUAACUGUUGCGGCGUCUUGAUCAUCGCUGAGCUGACUGUAGAAGAAGACCGAUUGCGCUAAUAUCUGCUAGCGCCCCCAGUGGCGAAACUGAGAACGCAGCACAUACUUGCAUUGUUUUGUAAAUUGUUUUCCGACGCAUUUCGUAGCAAAACAAUACGUGAAACUGCAAUUAGAAGUGUUUGCAUUUGCAUACUUCAUGAAAAAGCACAUUUUUAAAAAUAUCCUUCACUUCGCCGAUGAAAAGCCAAUGCCUAAACCAGACGUUCUGCUGGUUCUAGCUGGUUUAAGCGGGUCUCCCAGCCUAACCAGCCAAAACCUCCCCAAGACCAGCUGGUCGAACCGACCGAACGUUAUUACAACGUUUAAAACCUCAAACUUUCCUUUUUUUAAAUUGUUUUUGUUUGCGUUUCUGAGAAAUGAUACUGUGAUCACAUUUAUAUAUCAGAGUUCAGAUCGAUGAUUGAAUAUCUGACUCCAGAGUUUAUAUUCAUAUUAUUUAAUUUGGCUUUAUUAGUUAGUUUGCUGAAUCAGACUAAUUACGGUCAACGACACGACAUAUAUCGCUGUGACCUUUGACCUUAUGUGCAUUGCAUGAUUUGAUCUGAUGUAUGUCAUGGUCAGCUGCUAUGGUUCAUGUGCUGUGAGACGUGUCCGAGUCUGACUGAACUCUUUUCUACAGGCUUUUGUAAAACAUCUGAAUAAAGCUACAGGGUGAAACCCUCACAGAUCGA